AUGGAUGUGUCACCAUAUAACACUGAGUUCUGUAAGCUGGCUAUAUAUGCUCCUCACUUAGUGUCUUCCGAAGAAGCUCGAGUUCAGAGGUUUGUUGAUGGAUUGGUUGGUCGUCUAUACGCUGCAGUAGCCCCACAGAUGAAGACUUUAUCCUACUCUGAUGUAGUAGACCUUGCUAGAAAGAUUGAAAACAAGGGACAUGAGGAGCGUGCAGCUAGUGAAUUACGUAAGAAGGCCAAGACAAGAGGGGCUUUCAGUGGCGGUUUUAGUGAAAAUAGAAGAGCAGGAAAUCAGGGACAACAACACAAACAGGCAUCUGAACAUCGUAAUUCUGGGCAGAUAUAUGCCACUACUCCAGUCUGCCAGACCUGUGGUAGAUCACAUUUGGGCCAAUGUCGUGUUCUAACGGGAGAGUGCUUUCGGUGUGGCCAGUUGGGACAUCACUUGAGGGAUUGCCAUCAGCCUUCGAGAAAUUUCAACCAGGCUUCUAUUCAGUUAGCUGCACCGACUCAGACUACUCGUAAUACUUCAGGUGCUACAGGUACAGGAAAUAGAGGUUGA